AUGGAGAAGAUGGAUACAACUCAAUCGCCUUCGCUAUCGAGCAGAAUUUGUACAAUUCAACAUGAAAAUCAAAGUACUACAACAAUUGAUAUGCUCAAAGACUGCUCACCAUGUAACAAUAAACUGAUAAAGAUUUCCGACAAGCAUGCGAAGUUCCUGAUCGAAAAUCUCAAUCUAUUACGCAAACAAAAAGAAUUAUGUGAUGUCAUUCUAACCAUUAGACAAAGUCAAAUUCCGGCACAUCGCGCUGUACUGUCCGCAUGUAGUCCAUACUUCAAAGCAAUGUUUACUGGUGAAUUGGCCGAAAGUCGACAGACCGAAAUCGUCAUUCACGACGUCGACGAAUACGCCAUGGAAUUGUUGAUCGAAUUUUGUUAUACGUCAAGAAUUAUCGUCGAUGAGAAGAAUGUUCAAAUGUUACUACCAGCUGCAUGUAUUCUUCAAAUUGAAGAAGUUCAGAUCACCUGCUGUGAGUUCCUUCAAAAACAACUGGAUCCAACCAAUUGUUUAGGUAUUCGCGCGUUUGCCGACACACAUUCAUGUCGAGAACUUCUACGCAUUGCUGAUCGUUACGCUCAACAACAUUUUACUGAUGUGAAAGAAAGUGAAGAAUUCCUUUGUUUACCGAUCAAUCAAUUGAUUGAUAUCAUUUCAAGUGACGAACUGAAUAUGACUUGUGAAGAAGAUGUUUUCAAUGCUGUUAUGCAAUGGGUAUCAUGUGAUUUACAACAGCGAAAACAAUAUUUACCUAAGAUCUUAGAACAUGUUCGAUUUCCAUUGAUGAAUGCACGAUUUCUUGUCACAACAGUUAGUUCAGAUCCAUUGAUACGUUCAGAUCAAGCAUGCCGAGAUUUAGUUGAUGAAGCUAAAGAUUAUCUCCUAUUGCCACAAGAGCGAUUGAAUAUGCAAGGACCACGAACCAGAUCAAGGAAACCCAUUCGGUCCGGCGAAGUUCUAUUUGCUGUCGGCGGUUGGUGUUCGGGUGAUGCAAUAGCCAGUGUAGAAAUGUUUGAUCCUACAACAAAUGAAUGGCGAGCUGUAGCACCGAUGUCCAAGCGUCGAUGUGGUGUUGGAGUUGGCGUGUUAAAUAAUCUUUUAUAUGCUGUUGGCGGUCAUGAUGGUGUGAGUUAUUUGAACAGUGUUGAACGUUUUGAUCCUCAAACAAAUCAAUGGAGUAAUGAAAUCGCACCGACUAGCUCUUGCCGAACUAGUGUUGGCGUGGCUGUUCUUGAUGGUUGUCUUUUUGCUGUUGGCGGACAAGAUGGAAUCUCUUGUCUCAACCUUGUAGAAAAAUAUGACCCAUCAGUGCAACGAUGGAUCCGUGUGGCGUCAAUGGGCACAAAACGUUUAGGUGUUGCUGUUGCUGUUCUCGAUGGAUAUCUCUAUGCAAUUGGAGGAUCAGAUGGACAAUGCCCAUUGAGUACAGUGGAAAGAUAUGAUCCCAAAGCGAAUAAAUGGUCAUCAGUAGCGUCAAUGAACACACGGCGAAAACAUCUGGGUUGUGCUGUAUAUAAUGGUUAUAUCUAUGCAGUAGGAGGACGAGAUGAUGCAACAGAGUUAUCCACUGCAGAAAGAUUCAAUCCCAAGACAAAUCAAUGGACACCUGUUGUUGCGAUGAAUUCAAGGCGAAGUGGAGUUGGUUUGGCCGUUGUUAACAAUCAUCUGAUGGCCAUCGGAGGUUUCGAUGGCGCUGCUUACUUGAAAAGUGUUGAAUUGUACGAUAGCGAAUCGAAUAGUUGGAAAUUGCAUGGUGGAAUGAACUAUCGUCGGCUAGGUGGUGGCGUCGGUGUAAUUAAAAUUCAACAAUUCGACUCCAUUCUCUACGGAUCUAGUUCUACUUCUACGCUCGUUUCAACUUCACCAGAUGAUCUCAAAAAUCGUUCGAUUUCAACACUAGUUGACCUAAAAAAAAACACUAAUAGUAUUGGAAAUUCAACACAUAGCGACCGAAUGUCGCGUAUACCAUCGAAAUUAAGUGAUGACAACGCUUUGGAUCUUGAUCCACAGCAAGAAUCAGCAAUCAGCGGAACGGGGGUAACGAAACAAACUGUAACAACGGCGCCCAAGAAGUAUUAUUAUCGUACAAUAACUCUACGCGUUCCAUUACAGGAAAAAAAGUUUUUGCUAAAGUGUGCUUCAAUCAAACAACAAAACAGAAAGUCAACCCUAGCAGAACGAACGACAAGUACAACCAGUCAAAUUGCAACUAAGACCAUAUUAGGAGUUGCUUUUGCUCUUGCUGUUUCUUAUCUUCUGCGUGAUGCUCUUAACAAUCGUGGUUUGGAAUGGCCUCUACCACGACUGACUCAACCUGAAACUUGUCACAUGGAUCUCGCGAAAAAUAGAGAUUUCAAUAGGUAUUAUGGUCUAUCUAACUCAGGAAAUCAUUUCACGAGUAUAACAAAUGACGCUUGCAAUUCAAAAAUCGUCGUCAAAUCUCUUUUUCCACCAGCAGUUCUUAAAUCAGAUCAACAAGCAAGUUCGUUCAUUAUCUUGUCGAAGUUUGGCACUGGAAAAACGUCAUUACGAUGUGAAUAUUUCAAAUCGUUACCGCCCGCUGAUUAUUUCAAACUACUUAUUUUGAAUCAAGACUUGAACAAGUACUUGGACAGAUUCGUACAAUUCGAAAUCUCUCGAAAAACGGAAUGUCAAGGUUCGAACUGUUUAGUGAACUGGUCAACCGAUGAAUUCGGGCAAGUGAUACUGUCUUUGCUGGUCACACAGCUUGUUGAUGAGUACGAACAAGAAAAAUUCUAUCUGUCAGAUGUGUCAUUGGAUGACAAGAUAGAAUUGAUUACGAUUUUAUGUUAUUAUUAUAAUGGAGAAGAUCUAAAGAAGUUGGAAAUAUUUGUGAAUUAUCUUUUAGAAAAAUCGUCGUCCGAACAAUACAGUGCAAGCGAUGCUGCUCUUCAAUAUAAGCAGCAAAAUGUCUACUAUGAGAAGCCGUUACUUAAGCAUCUCAAAGACGAGUUAAACAAAUUUACUGUGCUGAGUAAAAUUUACGAGAAGCUUCACUUGUUAAUAGUCGUAGCAGAAGGCGAGGAGUUUGUCAACUUGCUAGAGCGAAGAUCUAUGUCUGGAAAUGUAUUUACACACUUUACGUGGGUAUUGAAGAUCUUGAAUAAGCUCCUCAGGAAAUCCGUGGCAGUGAUGGUCGAUGGAAUUGACGAAAGUCACUACUUUUUGCAAAAAAACACCGAGAGCAGAAAAGCAUUAGAAUCGUUCUUUCGUUCUUCUGUUUCGAAUAAGAUUGAGUCACUGGUACUGGCCCAACAUUUCUAUUUAGCUCUAUUCUAUCCUCAAAUUAACGCCACUAACUUUCAAGAUGCAAUUCGUCGAAGUGACAAAUUUCUGACGCAUCCAAUACAAUGGGAUACCAACGCAUUGAUGAAUUACGCUGAUACUGUCUUACAAGAGAUGAACAGAGAUGCUUCAACGGAUCGGUGUCGAGAGUUUACAGAUUUUGCAGCACUGGUCAAUUACCACAAUCCAAACAUCACCGAGAUCAUUAAUCACCUCCAAACACCACGAGAACUUCAUCAGUUCGUGCAGAAAUUAAUCGUGGAAAUGAACAAUAGUGCAAAAGACAACGACAAGCCAUUUAUCGCUACUUACGAAAAUGUCCGAAAAGCAUACUCAGAAGCAGAAACUCUCUUUAAUAGAGAUGAUAAACUAAUUGAAACCGAGCCGUAG